AUGAUGGAAGAAAUGAAAAACGAGAACAAGACACUUCGAGAUCAAAUGAGAGAGCACAAAGAAAUGGUCGAUAAAAUACCGGGCGCUCUUACGUUAUUUUCGAAGAGAGACGUCGGUCGGUUCGUCGAGCAGUCGUACAGUGACAACGCCGCACCACAUGCCAUACUAAAGACCUUUAAAAUGUCUCCUUAUCUGAAAAUAUACGAUGGCAUAGCCGACCCCGAAGAUCAUGUGACCCAUUACGCCACCGCCGUGAAAGGUAAUGAUCUUGCCAAAGAACAAAUAUCCUCCAUCCUGCUAAAGAAAUUCGGUGAAACCCUCACGGGAGGUGCAUUAACCUGGUACUCGCAGCUGCCAGCAUGUUCCAUCGAAACCUUUGAAGAAAUGGCUGACAAAAGGAAUGGCAGUAGCCGUUUUUCAAAAUGGGCUGAACAGAAAUGGUCCGAGAGAGACAAGAAAAUUAUUAAGUCGGCUCGUGAAAUACCCCCGACAACUUGGGACGAAAUACAUAAUGCAUACUAUGCCGAAGUACGAGCAGACGAAGACGACCUCAAUGGGCCAACUCAUCAACUGACCUCAGUACAAGCAGAAUCCAGAAAAGAUCGGAGAAGUGAUAUGAGGAGAGAUCCGUCAACCUCAUGGCCGAACUGGGAACGACAUCUCCCAUAUGUCAGGACUACCGCUAUAUCCUCACCUCGCCAUGAAGAAGUCCCACCCCGAUCAAGAACAGGAACUCACCUGAAUGAAAGAGAGAUCAUCUACGUCUUGGAGAAGCUCGGACCAAAUAUAAGGUGGCCGCAGAAAAUGAGGUUGGACCCUAAUCCCAGAAAAUCAGACGCUCUCUACGAGUUCCAUCAAGAGCGAGGACACAAAAUCGAAGAUUGCAUCGCCCUAAGACAGGAGGUCGUAAACAUGCUGCGACAGGGACACCUCAAGGAAUUGCUGAGCGAUCGGGGAAGAACCAACUUUGCCAUGGGACGCGAUCAGCAUCAAGGGCCGCCGAAGCUGCCCUCGCCAGCCCGCACCAUCCACAUUAUCAUCGGCGGAUGA